UAGAGGGGGCAGGCCUCAGGGCAGGCACCCACCGGAGGGCAUGGCACUGCUCCUGCUGAGCCUGGAGCCGAGCCUGGUCUCCGCCCAGGACUUCAACCUCCAGAGAAUCGUGCGGAGAAACCAUGACAUCUCCAAGGUGGGUGGGACCUGGUGUUCUAUUUCCAUGGCCGCAGACGACAUGAGGCGGAUAGAAGAAGACGGGGAUCUGAGGGUCUUCAUGCAGAGUAUCAAAAGCUUAGAAAAUGGUGGCCUGAAGUUCAGCUUCCACUUCAUGUUGCGUACCGAGGGCGUGGAUAUGGCCAUGGUCUGUGAUAAAACGGACAAGAGCGGAGAAUACACCAUCACCUACUUGGGGGAGAACCGGCUGCAGGUCUUGCAGGCCGACUACCUGCGGUACGUGACCUUCCGCCUGCGGAACUUCAGGAACGGGAUGGAGACGCAAGUGCUGGCGCUCUACGGACGGUUCCCAGAGCUGAAACCCAGCUUCCUGGACAGAUUUGAAAAAAUCUGCAAAUCACACGGACUUGGCCCAGGAAAUAUUGUCAACCUCAGCAACAACGAUCCUUGUAGAAAGCACAGGAGGUAGAGGAGCCCACCCAGGCCUUCCGUUCUGGAGCCCAGAAGUCUGAAAUCCAGGUGUGGGCAGGGCUGAGCUCCCUCUGGAGGCUGCGGCGGG